UUUUUAUCUUCAACGUUACAUUCUCUGUCUGUCCCUCUCCGCGUCUUCAUCUCUCUCUCUCUCCGCGGAGGCCGUUGGUAGGCUUGUCUGUGAGGAAUUGUAAACAGUGGGAAGAAGAGACAGCAAGGAGGGAGAGAGAGAGAGAGAGGAGGGGUGGAAGAACUAGCCAAUCUCAGCAUUUCGUUCCCCACCUGCGCAAUUUUUUGCAAUUAAACUGUAGGUGGGUUUAGCUUAAUUCUUCUUCUCCUUGCUCUUUCUUCUUCUUCUUCUUCUUUCUCUAUAUUUUUCUGUUUCAGAGGUUCUUCAAUCUCCGCUUCUUCUGCUUCAGAUGCGUUCCAAUUACUAUAUAUAUAAUAAAUUAAUUAAUUAAUUAAUUAAAAGGCAGGUGGGUUGAAAGGGUGAGUGAGAGAGGAUGACGAGGAGGAAGAUAGAGAUAAAAAAGAUAGACAACAGGACGGCGAGGCAGGUGACGUUCUCAAAGAGAAGAAGAGGGCUUUUCAAGAAGGCUCAGGAGCUUUCCACUCUCUGCGAUGCUGAGCUAGCCCUCAUCGUUUUCUCCUCUACUGGCAAGCUCUUUCACUAUUCCAGCUCCAGUAUGAAGCAGGUGAUUGAGAGGCACCAUAUGCAUUCAGACAACCUUGAUAAAAUAGAUCAGCCAUCUCUUGAGCUACAGUAUGAGAACAAUACCCAUGCCAAGUUGAGCAAAGAGGUUGCAGAGAAGACCCAGGAAUUGAGGAAAAUGAAGGGAGAACAGCUUCAAGGACUAAAUUUAGAAGAGUUAAUGCAACUAGAGAAACUGCUUGAACAAGGUUUGAGGCGCGUCAUAGAGACAAAGGGUGAGAGAAUUCUGAAAGAGAUAAGUUUCCUCAAGAUGAACUUGCAGGGAGACAAAUUGAUGGAAGAGAAUGAGCAGCUGAAGGAGCAAAUGCAUAUGGCAAAUAUGUGUAUAGGCCGAACAUAUGUGCCUGAACAAGGGCAGUCCUCUGACUUAAUCAUGAACAGCAGUUCAACCGAUCCUCUUCAAGACCACGACAGCUCUGACACUUGUCUCAAGUUGAGCCUGUCUUUCCCGGACUGAAUUUCAAACGGAGUACAGGAGAAAUUAUUAGGCCAGCUUUCUAAUCAUCCUUUGUCAAAAUAUAUGAUCUGUAUCAACUAAACUAGGACUGAACAUGUUUUUUUCUAUCAGCUCCAGUAAAAACAUAUUUUGUUUAGGUUGUGAUUAAGACAUUGGAUUAUGUGUCCACACUGUAAAUUGAAAGAAAAUAAAAGGGUGAAAAAAAGGAGGAAACCGCACUAGCUGAUAUGAUUAGACAA